AUGUCCGAAGGACCCUGUAACGCGAGAGCGAGAAGCUUUAAAGCGAGGACAGGCGAGCACGAGCUCCUUGAUGGGCUGAAGCAGCGAUGGAGAGGCCUCGGCGCCGACAAUAACGAGUUCCAAAACGACGGCUUCCAAUGUGCUGGUUACCACAUGGCGAAGCACGACGAGGAAAAGGCGAUCGCACGCGCGGGAAUCACGGACCGGAGCGCUGCGAUAAGGAGAACCUGCAGCGAAGCUGCGGCUCAGCUUCACGCCGCACUACCUGGCGACGGUUCCUCCGACAUCUUCCCUCGCGAGGCUCGUACCGCGGUGGUCGAUCCGUCUCCGUCUGCGUCUGCUCCAUCCGCAAAUGAAGGUCCUCCGGCGUUCAGGCCGUGGAGAACGAGCCGGCAUCCGAACCAGAAGCGGCCGACUCAGCACGGCGGUGUGGAUCAGCGACCGCCGCUGGCGCAGCAGCCGUGUCGGCCGAAGCACUAUCAGCCUGAUGAGCGUCGUCUGUACGAACAGCAACCAUUAGAGAGUCAGCAGCAGCAGCAGCAGCAACAACAACAGCUGCAGGAUCUGCGGUUGAAAGGCGUGUCAGGACCCCGUUCCCUCUACAGGAGUGAAAGCGCGUUUCCCGCGCUUUUUCUCGAGCAGAUUGACGGCGACAGCGCUGACAGACCGUCGGAUCAUGCUGACAUGGCAGGCGGCAUUGGUGGGAGCCAGAGAUUGGAGGAGAGUGUCGGUCGCACGGUGUCGCUCGAGCAGUCCGCCCUUGAGGCCCUCGCCGCGCCGUUCAAAGUCCCGCACACCCCUCCGCGCGGUCAGAAGACGCGCCGCUUCCCUACCAGCCGAAGCGAGAGCAACACUCACAACAGCAGCAGCAGCGGGCUCGGCAGCCACAGCAGCAGCAGCACCACCACCACCACCACGGGACACGGCUUCUGCACACCGACGGUCAGUCGCAGCAAAUCAAGGUACACACCGGCGUGCGGCAUCGGCGCCAGGCCUUCCCCCGUCCCCCCGAUCGUCAUCAGCCCGGCUGCGCGCGCCUCUGCGGAUCCUUCCGCCAACCCCCGCGUCGCUUCCCCCAGCCUCCGACCGCUCGUUUUCUCCCCCCCUGUUUCGUCCCCCGCGCGCGGAACCUCCCCGUUCGGACCAGCGCUGGUGCGGGAGACAGUCUCUACAGUGGAGCUGAGCGCGCGGGGGGACGCGGGGAGCUAUGCAGGGGGAAUAUUGGGGGAAGAGGGGGACGGCGCGGAGGAGGGGGAGCGGGAGUUCACGCAGCACGUGUUGGGGCGGCCGUACGCAGAGCUUGAGGCGCGGUAUGAGGUGGCGGAGGGGGAGCUGGGGCGGGGCAAGGUGGGCGUGCUGCGCGCGUGCAGGUGCCGCGCGACUGGGCGGCAGUUCGCGUGCAAGACCAUCAGCAAGGCCGCCAUGAUUGUGAGUGGCAUAAUGAUUCUGAGAUCUUUCAGAAUGCCAUCGCUAGUGAUGGAUAGUGCAUUGAUAGUGCAGAUCCCGUUGCUCGCAUGGCACGCACUGAUAAGUGCGUCACGCAAUGUGUCCUCUUCCCCCGUCGUUCCCCCGCCCCCCAUGCUGCGCCAAACCCCCGCGCAGUGUGAGGCGGAGUGUGACGAGGUGCGGAGGGAGGUGCAGAUGAUGCAGCGCUCGCGCGGGCACCCGCGCAUAGUCAGCAUGCACGAGGCGCUCGAAGACGCGCGCGCCGUCCACAUCAUCAUGGAGCUCUGCCACGGUGGCGAGCUCUUCCACCGCAUCGUGACACGUCAGCGGUACAGCGAGCCCGCCGCCGCCAGCGUGGCGCGCCAGCUGGCGUCGGCGCUGGCGUUCCUGCACGCGCGGGGGCUGGCGCACCGGGACGUGAAGCCGGAGAACAUUCUGCUGUGCUCGCGAGCGGACGACACCAGCAUCAAGCUCACCGACUUCGGGGCCGCCGCGCUGCUGCUGCCUGGCACAAAGUGCACAGAGAGGGUAGGCUCGCCCUACUACUUAGCCCCUGAGGUGUUAUCAGAGCAGUAUGGGUUGCAGGCGGAUGUGUGGAGCGCGGGGGUGGUGCUCUUUGUGCUGCUCUCCGGAUCGCCACCCUUCUCUGGCGGCUCCAACGAUGAGAUCUUCCAGGCCGUCCGAUGCAAGGAGAUCGACCUCACGAGCAAGCCCUGGCCGUCGAUCUCGGAAGGAGCGAAGGAUCUCGUUCGUCGGAUGCUCACGAGGGACCCUGCGGCGAGGAUCACCAUGGAAGAGAUGCUAGAUCACCCGUGGAUUUGUGCUCAUGCUGAGAGCGGAAUUGCAUGA